AUGGAUAAAAGUUGGAUCGAUCUACCCACUGGUCAUCAUGAAUAUAUCGACGGUUGUAUGAAAUUUAUUGAGUUUGCCAAGCAAGAUCUAGUCGAAGGAAAAAUUAGAUGUCCAUGUAAGAACUGUAAGGUAGAGAAAUGGUUCUCCGUAAAUGAAGUGGAGAGGCAUAUUUUGUUUAAGGGAUUUUAUAAGCCAUAUAAGGAUUGGAUUUUUCAUGGUAAAGGGGAUACGUUUCAGCGUAUGUUUGAGAGUGAUGGAGGGAUUACUAGUGAAGGAUCCCUUGAUAACCAAAGUGGGUUUGUAGGUCGAGAUAAUAUGGGAGGGCUAUUAAGAUCAGCAUUUAGUGUUAAUAUGCCUCCCAAUUGCCCAAAUUUAGAAGCACGAGAGGAUGAUGAAUGGAUUGAGGAGCCCUUGGCCUAUGACACAGAUGUAGAAUAUGAUUAUUCUACAAUAGAAGAAGAUGUGACAUAUAAGAAGUUGCUUGAAGCUUCUGAGGAGAAAUUGUACGAGGGGUGUAUCAAUUUUUCAAAGUUAUCUUUUCUGUUACACUUGUUUCACUUGAAGUGUAUGAAUCACUGGUCCAUAGAAUCUUUCAAUAUGUUGUUGAAGCUAAUUCUAGAUGCAUUUCCUCAAAUACUUGAUUUUCCCUCAUCUUAUUAUUACAGUAAGAAAAUGAUAAAAGACUUGGGCCUUGGGUAUGAAAAGAUUGAUGCUUGUCCGAAUAAUUGCAUGUUGUAUUGGGGUGAAUUUUUAAAGAAAGACAAGUGUCAUGUUUGUGGUACAUCGAGGUGGAAGAAAACUAAGGAUAGGGGCAACGUUGUAAGUGAUCAAGGUACGGAUACUUGUAAGAAAGGUGUGCCAGCUAAGGUAAUGCGAUAUUUCCCUCUUAUACCGAGACUAAAAAGAAUCUACAUGUCAUCAUCAACAGCAGAAGAUAUGAGAUGGCAUGAUACAGAGCGAUUGGGUGAAGAUGAUAAGAAGAUUUUAAGGCAUCCUUCAGAUGGCUUAGCAUGGAAGGAAUUUGAUGAGCGUCACAGUGAUUUUGCAUUAGACCCUCGUAGUGUUCGAUUAGGUCUUGCGAGUGAUGGUUUUAAUCCUUACCGUUUAAUGAACACCACUUAUAGUACGUGGCCAGUGAUGUUGAUUCCUUAUAAUCUUCCACCAUGGUUAUGUAUGAAACCGUCUUCUUUCAUUCUGUCCACGCUUAUUCCUGGAAAAUCAGGUCCCGGAAAUGAUAUUGACGUGUAUCUGCAGCCAUUAGUGCAUGAAUUGAAAUUGCUGUGGACAGGGGUUGAAGCUUUUGAUGCUUUUGCCGGAGAGAAAUUUAAUUUGCGUGCGGCUUUGCUUUGGACUAUUAAUGACUUUCCCGGCUAUGCAAUGCUCUCUGGUUUGAGCACAAAAGGUUACAAUGCAUGUCCUAUAUGCUUAGAUUCCACGCCUUCUGAUAGAUUUGGGAGCAAGAUUUGCUAUUGUAGCUAUAGAAAAUGGUUACCUGCAGAUCACCCAUAUCGAUGUCAAGGUGACAAGUUUUGUGAGAAGUUUGGAACUAAUGAGUGGGGUAAAGCCCCAUCUCGUCCUAGCGGCACUGAUAUAUUGAGGCAGCAAGAAAAGGUGAAGCAUGUUUACGGAAAGUCGAAGGCACCACCGAAAAAGAGGCAAAGAGGACACGAUGAUGACGAUGAUGUCCAAGAUGAAAGUGACUUUGGUACCAAGAGAAGCAUAUUCUUUUAUUUGGUGUAUUGGGAGCAUAAUCUUCUAAGGCAUAAUUUAGAUGUGAUGCACAUUGAGAAAAACGUGUCUGAGAAUAUUUUGGGAACUCUUCUUAGCAUGGAUAAGAGUAGAGAUAGUAGGAAUGAUCGAGAAGCCCUUGAAGCAUGGAGAAUAAAGUCUCACCUUUGGCUGAGUACUAAUCCUAACGGAGGUGAAUGCAUGCCUCCGGCUUCCUAUUCUAUGUCUACGGAGGAGAAGGAGAGGUUCCUAAAUGUUUUGCAGAAAAUUAAAGUUCCUGAUGGAUAUGGAUCCAACCUUUCUAGUUGUGUGAAUAUGAAGCAAAGGAAGUUGAUUAACCUCAAAAGUCAUGACAACCAUGUUCUAAUGCAGGAUAUCCUUCCCGUUGCCUUAAGGGCCUCUAAAGCUACAAAAAUGAUUUAG